CGAAGACGCUCAGUUCACUACGAUGUCAUUCACUGUACGAAGUUGGGCUUUUUAGAUUGUCUUGUGGUCCAGUAGUACACUGUAGGACGUGUCAGGAUGGCAGAUACAAAGAGUGAGCCAAUCAGGAAAGAAUCCCCAUUUAAGAAAUUAUACUUAGUUGCAUAUAACAGUGCUCUGGUUAUUGCCUGGAGUUUAGUCCUUUUAAAGUCAGCCAUAUUCUUAUCAGAAAGAAAGGAUGUGGGUGGAUUAUAUAAUGAAGUUGAAUAUUGGCUGAAAGUAGCCCAGACGGCUGCAGUUAUGGAAAUAAUUCAUGCUUUAGUUGGGCUGGUAAAGUCUUCUGUCUUUACAACUUUUCCCCAAGUACUAUCACGUUUGGGUGUGCUGUGGGUUAUUCUUGAGAGUAUCGUAAUGAAGAAUCAUUUAACCCAUGACACCAUAGGCUUCCCUUUGUUAUUAUUUGCAUGGACGAUAACAGAAAUAGUUCGCUACACCUUUUACACCAAUACCUUGUUAGACAACCUCGGUUACACUCUGAAAUGGUGUCGGUAUUCACUGUUUAUCGCUUUAUAUCCAAUGGGUGUCGCAGGAGAAAUUGUUUGCAUCCUUUCAGCAAUGUCAGUUGCAAAAAAAUCUGGUCAGUUUUCAGUUACAUUGCCGAACAAGUUCAAUUUUAGUUUUGAUUUUGUCACGUCAUGUUACUUUGUAUUGUUGCUGUACCCACCUGGUUUCUAUUUUCUUUAUUCACAUAUGUUACGUCAAAGAAAGAAAGUCCUUGGCACAAAGGAUAAGAACUUGUAAGAAUUAUAGCAGUUAUGUUGGUAACACAAAUUUAAAAAAUAAGCCAUGUAAAGAGUUUAUAUUAAAUCUUCAUUAAGUAUUUUAUCUGGAUUAAUUCUAAUUUGAUUUUCGUGUGCAAGGUUUCAGCAAAGUAAAUUUGAUUUUAAAAAUUGAUUAAAAAAAAACAUAACUAAUGUUCAGACACCAGGAAGUGUGAUAAAGAUCAGUCUUUUAACUAGUUUCUAUUAGUAAAAAUAUGAUUAGCUGUUUUGUUUCCAAUAUUAUAUACCUUAGAUUUUUUCAUGUUUUAUGUUUCAUUUUUAUUUUCAGUGUCAACACUGAGUUGUUUUAGUUUUAUACUUAUUUUUUAUAUGAACUUUGUUGCGAUCACUUGAUGUAAUGUUUUUAAUAUAUUAUACACUUGUAACAUUCGGCUGUUUCCUGCAUGGUGUUAUUAUCAUUGUUAUUUUUGGAUUUCCAACUAAUAAACAACAACAAAAGUUUAAACUUUUUUUUUCUACACUAAAAGUAAAUGCUGGUAUGUGGUGUCUAAUUCUUUCUGAAUUUUGUUCCCUUACAAUUUUUGUACUUGCAAAUAUUGUUUUAGGAAUAUUUUUUAUUUGCAUUUAGGUAGAAAUUGGUUUUUAUAUAAGUCCUUUCCUAAAGAGGUUGUUGUUGCUUUAUUAUAAUUUUUUUUUGAAUUUCAUUAGAUCUAUGGGUUUACUUAAUAACUCAUGCUAAAGUCGAUAUCCAUUGUGUUGUUGGUUUUACUGUAUUUGAAAACAAAAGUGUAACAUCUGAAAUUGAGAUCGCUAAAAGCAUGUUGAGAAUAAGUGAGAAAGCACAAAAGCUCCUCUGUACUGCUUAUUUACCUUGCAACCAAACAAGA